GCCGUGCCGUUCUUUUUCAGACCACCCACAGACCCCAUACCCCUCUAAAAACAAUGUACAAGAGGAAAGCCUCAGCCUCAGGCAUUGAAACUUCUACAUGCGACUCUAAACGGCCUCGCUACUGGUUGAGGAUGAACAGAGACACCAAUCUUGCUACUCAGUCCACCAGCUCGCACAACUACCAUGGUGUAAAAGCCACACCUAUUCCACCUGAUAUUGAUGAUGGUCAAGUUUCCACCAGCACAAAGGACAGGCAAAUUUGGUCAGAGGCUGAGGAAGUUGGGUUGAUUGCGUAUAUAACUAGCAAGCGAAGUGAGGGUGGAGAUGGGAUGAAUUUCCCAAAGAAAUUCUGGCCAAAGGCUGCUGUGGAAUUCAAUCAGAAUAUACAAAAGGAUCAUGUAGUUGGCCCUGCAAAGGAAGGCAAGCACUGCUCUAGCAAAUGGGGAAGGCAAUUGGGCUUUCAUUGGGAUGAUACUAAUGGUGCAGAUAUCACAAUUGAAAGAAACACUGUAUGGGAGGAUACCUCAAGGUAUGUGCUCACUUUUUAAAACAAUAUCUGCAUCUUAUUGGUCUGUAGAAAAACCCUGGUGUCAAGGGUUUUUGCAACAAGGGUUGGGUCCAUUUCAAAGCAAUGGACAAUCUCAUAUCUGGGCGUCAUGCCAAGGGAGCAAAUGCAUUUUGCCCUUCUCUCAUUCCUACCUCUGUAUCUAGUUUUCCUAUAUCUACCAAUGCCCCAAAUUCUUUGUUGUCC